AUGAAGGCUGAAACGAAAGUUAAUCUACACAUUUCCGACGACGGAAAUUCGCUAUCUUGUAUGAUCAACAAAUCCUCCUCAUGGUCCCGUUUAUUAAGGAUAGUCAGCUACUGCCUUCGCUUCGUUCAUCGUCUUCGUGAGAGGAAUCGACUUUCACCAUUCCUAUCGGCGUGGGAGCUACAAUAUGCACGAGCUAAGAUCUUUACGCACGUUCAAGAGGAGUUCUUCAACGUGGAGUACAAGCAGUUAACUACCGGACAGCAAUUGUCGAAGAAGUCGAAGUUGAUUCGCUACACACCCUUUUUAGACGAGCAGAGAGUAAUGCGUGUUGGUGGUCGCAUCGAUAAUUCUAUAGCUACUUAUGACGCAAAGCAUCCCAUUCUCCUUCCUAAGGAAUCUCCAAUAGCUGGUCUGCUAGUUCGCUAUCAACAUGCUGCAUUGUUACACGCUGGAGUCGAAUACACGUUUCAUAGUCUACGCCAAAGAUAUUGGAUUCUAGGAGCUCGGAACCUCGUCCGCAAAACUGUAUUCAAUUGCAGAACUUGCUUUCUGCAGCGAAGACACACGAGUUCUCAACUUAUGGCUGAUUUACCGGAGUUUCGAGUUCAACCCGCCCGUUGUUUCCUGCACACUGGAUUGGAUUAUGCUGGACCUGUGUCAAUCAAAACAUCGACAGGCCGGACACCAAGAUUUGGCAAAGCUUGGUUUGCGAUCUUUGUCUGCCUAUCUACAAAAGCGAUUCACAUAGAAUUGGUCAGCGAUUUGACGACAUCCGCCUUUAUAGCCGCUUUCAAACGCUUUUGGUCUCGACGUGGACCUAUAUCGGAUUUAUACUCGGACAAUGGAACGACUUUCCAUGGAGCCAAAAGAGAUUUAGCUGAAAUGCAACGAAUGGCAAUAGCUCAAAGUCAAGAUGAAGAAAUUUCAAGCUUCAUGGCCAGCCACGAGAUUAAUUGGCAUUUCAUUCCGCCAUCUGCUCCCCAUUUCGGAGGCAUUUGGGAGACUGGUGUGAGAUCCAUAAAGCUGCACUUAAAACGAGUCAUUGGCAGCAGUGCCUUGACAUUCGAGGAGUAUUCGAGCCUGUUAAUUCAGAUUGAAGGGCUUCUGAACUCUCGCCGUUUAUGCACACCUAGCGAUCACAGUCUUAACCCGCUAACUCCUUCUCAUUUUCUAACAGGUCAGCCUCUCACUUCGGUACCAGAACCAUCUUUCCUGGAUGUAAACAUCAACAGACUGCAGCGCUGGAGACAACUACAGGCCAAGGUUCAAGGUUUCUGGAAACGUUGGAAUCUCGAGUAUUUCAGCACGCUUCAACCUCGCACGAAAUGGCAUCAAGAUGCUCCAAAUGUUGCCGUGGGCACACUGGUUGUGCUGAAGGAGCCCAAUCAACCGUCAAGCAAGUGGAUGCUAGGACGAGUCACCGAAGUUCAUCCUGGCCAGGAUCAGAGGGUCCGGGUGGUCACCGUUAAAACCGCCAAGGGAAUCUACAAGCGCCCUAUUACGAAAAUUGCUGUGCUUCCUUUGAACUGA